CGUUGACAGAGUUACAUGCAGUACCUAAGGUAGUUCUGCCCAGUGAUAUCCAAUGGGUUGUGCACCCUAAUAAAAACCCCUACCAUCCUGUCGGAUCAUUAAGCUAAAUCCAGUAAAACAUGACCUACACAUAGUUAGCAACACAGAUAGCCUACUAACCUACUAUAACAAAGUACUGUACCAAGGCUAACCUUAAGGUACUAAGUCUACUGCCACCACCAUAGAGUAGUCCGCUCGACGGUCCACCCCAGCAAUGAAGCGGCGUCAACGCCGCCUGCUCUUCUAGCGCAACGAGGAUACCUUCAUAUUACCUGCCCUGCCCUGCUCUUCCCUGGUUCCCUUUCCGUCUCUGUUCCCUCUGAUCUUCCAUUCAUCUAUUCCCGUCUUAAAUCUCGUCUUUCAUCUCUCAAGUUCUAGCCACUUUAUCUUCUCUAUUACUCAAACUCCAUGGGGCAAGUCAUCAUCCCCAGCUGCCUCUAGCGAUGUGCGAGCCUCACACAGGAAACCAGUGGAGAGACUCGCCUUCAGAGGCACCCCAACACCAACACCAGCAGGACAUCAGUAUCACUGCUUCAUGCCCAAGAGCAACUACAAUAAUGUCAUCCGAAAACGCGCAAAUAGCCGGACAACCAUUAUCACCACCGAGUUCACCACCCGCCUCGUCAUUGAUAUCAGUUUUAGCCUCUCGAUGCCAAUCUACUCGGCCUCUUCAAUCCCAAUCAAUUGAUGUCCUUGCUUCACAACUUGGCAGCUCUUCUUUGGAGCAUUUCCAUUACGACUCUUCUCGCUCGACUACACGGCUUCCGGAAACCGCCCUCUCGCCCAUUUCGUUACCCGACGAUGACUGCAUUAAUGUACAGUCGAUACUCAACCAUCAGGGUUCCGACUCCAUGGAGCUUGAUCCCUACAAAGACAUGAAUACUACGAAAUCUCGUAAUUAUCAUCCGAGAAACGCCCAAGAGGAUUUUGCCUGUGCUCUUGAUGGACCUUUCAAUCCAUUUAUGCCCAUUGCUGUUGAUCCGACCACUCUUAGUGAAGGCCCGGGGGAUGCCACAAGGUCAAUGUACAGGCCCAAUGCAAAUGGCGGCUUUCAAGUGGAUGAAGGAUACUGUGAAGACGAGGAUGAUUUCUCUUGGCUUCAACCACUUGUACUGCGAAGGACGACUGGUACGCCUGACGGAAUUAAGAAGCGUUACGAGCUUGGGUAUCGAAGAUCCGCUGAUGCUGCAAGUCGUUGUCGCAACACGAUUCACAGUGUACCUCGAAUGCGACGACGCGACAAGAAGAGAAGCAGGCAAUCGCAACCCCACUCUACGGCAAGCUCCGUCAGGGGCCGCUCGGAUUCACAAACCUCGCAGAUGGUUAUUUCAACACAGUGAAGUACCCAAAUUUCUGCGGUGCUUUCUCAACACAUUUUAACAGCAUACACGGUGGGCGCAGGCUACAUGUUACAGAGUAGUUCUUUCAAGGACGACUGACUCACGCAUCACGGAGUUACACGGAUGGAGCAUUUACAAGAGCGAAGCAUCUGCCCUCUGAAACAAGGUCAUGGAUGACUGGGCAAAGGCGUUGCAGUAUUUUUGAGGUCAGACAGCUUAGGAUUUGCAUUUUGUUUUGUUUUUGGGAAUCACAGCCUGGAGUUUUGGUAUCACGACCGGGGAUGUUUUGUUCUUUUAUGGGCAAUGUCAGAGGCGUUUAGGGUUUAUAUGCUUGGAAGACAGGACCAGCAUGGGGCGCAUUAUUAUCUGGGGAGCUCAUGACCAAAAGGUUCAAGCGUUAUGGCCAGGAAGGCAAGACAAGACUGUUGCAUAGCAUUGUACGAUGGACAAAGUCGAUAUCGGUAUCUAGUAUUAUUGUACGUUAGUAGAGCAUCACACGGCGUCUGGUCUCGAUGAGCAGACGAAACCGUAACCCGUGGGAUACCACGAAAGAAAUGAAACAAAUCGUGUACAGUUAUUACACUAAACAAAGUGUUAGGCAAGGCGUUACUUUUGUGUGAAGCUCCGAACCCAUGG